UCUGAGAGCUUCACUCUGGAGGUGGAAAGUGAGCCUGGUGGGUUGGUCAACGUGGCAUCAAGGGACCCCCCUCCAACCCCCCCUGUAUUUACCAACAACAGGUUUCUGUUUUUCCUAACACUGCACCGUCCUUUUUACGCACUGGACUGAGAAAAACGUCCCCUACUACCUCGACUAAAUAAAUGCCAAGAGAAAAAACAACACCAACAAGAAACACGGCUCGCUGCUGGGAAGAAGUGGAGAGGAACACGAAAGAAAACACGUAGAGAGAAGACAAAAACAACGCACGGAUCCGACGCCGUUGCACCUUUUUCUUCUUCUCAAUGCAUACCCUUUGUGCCCGAGGAACCAUGAAACCAGAGAUCACCGCCGCCGUUGGAUUUCUGACGAGAUUUCUGCGCGUAAAAGGACACGUAAACGAUCGACAGGUCCAAACAUUCAGCCAAAGCUUACAGGACAUUUUGUCAGAGCAAUACAAGCACCACUGGUUCCCAGACAGGCCAUGCAAGGGUUCAGGCUACCGAUGCAUCCGUAUCAACCACAAGAUGGACCCACUGGUGGGGCAGGCAGGCCAGCGCAUCGGCCUCACCAUCCAGCAACUCUACAUGCUGCUGCCCAGCGAGCUCACGCUCUGGGUGGACCCCUUCGAGGUGUCCUACCGCAUCGGCGAGGACGGCUCCAUCUGCGUCCUGUACGAGUCGCAGCCCUGCCCCGUAGGAAUGCCGGCGAUGGCCAGCGUCAGCUCCCCCUCAGGGAACGGCGGGUCGGUUGGCCCGAUGGUGGACAGUCACAUCAGCUGCAAGGAGGAACUGAUGGUGCUGGGCAGAACCAGUCCCUCCAAAGCCUACAAUAUGAUGACUGUUUCCAGUUAGAGAGGCACGCCGUCGCCCGCCGGCCUGCUUUUUUGUUCAGGGUCACGCCGUGGCUGGUCAGAGCGUGUGAUCAGGUCAGGGUGAGCCUUUUUUGAAGCUAAGAAUAUGAAAUGAAAUAGUGAAAGAAGAGAACAAAGAGAAAGAAAAAAAAAAAAAGCAGAGGAUGUGGCCUAUCGUCCAGGUGAUGGAAACCAUGUAGGUUUAUUUUUUUGCCCUCUCCCCCCACCCACCCCCCAUUAUCAUCUGUUCUUUUGUGUCAUUGGAUCAGCUGGGCACUUUUUUUUUAAAGGAGAGGCUUUGUGGAAAUGGAACUGUUGGGGCAGCUAAACCAACCAACCAACCAACCAGGAACCCCCCACGGAGACGGGCUCCUCCCACCACCCCCCCCUUCGACUGUAAACAACAUGGUGAUCAGCUCCAUCUUGAAGGGGCUAUCAUUGACUUUGCACUUUCUUACUUGUGGUUACUAUGGGUACAUGUUCAACACACCACCGCAAAAAAAAAACCUAAAUUGUAAAGGAUGUUUUAUCAGGAACUUACCCCUUGAAUUUCUAAAUCCAGAGGUUAUAUGUUUUGUUUCCUGGGCAGGGAGGAAGCUGAGGUUUAGACCGAGCCUUUUUUCACAAUCCGAGCUCAAGGUAAAGAAACGCCCAAUGAGAGCAUCUCUAUUUUCUAUAAGACCCCCUUUUUGGACCACAGGGAGUUCUUUAUCUUGUAGCUGGAAACAAAAAAAAAGGCGUUUCGGUCUCAACUUCGCCUCCUCCCUCUUUCUACCAUCAACAACCGAGCCUCAGAUAAAACCGUCAUCUCAACGGCCUCUUAUGUAAGUGGAAUGUGUUGUGACACCUGCUACCUGUGGAUACCAGCGUGUCCUGUUGCACUGUCCCAUCACCCAUGUUAUGUGUAGCUUUUCCAGGGAAGAAGGGGGCAGGGUAUCCUCCCGACCCCCUCCUCCCCCCAAGUUAAUGAAUGUUGUUGAUCACAAUCAAGUUCCUGUGUUGUUUAAUUUCGCCCCCUUUUCCUCCCCAACCACUUUGUCGUCUCCUGCAUCGCCAAAAUUCAAAGUGUAGCAACAAAAAAGGGGGGGCCUAUUUUACCCAAAAUUGAUGGCCCUUUUUAGAAUUGAAUGCACUUUGACGUGAGAUUGUGUGGGAUGUGUACUUUUUAGAGAGAAAUCGCCUGCAUUCCAUCCAUUCGAAUGUCACACCGUUUUUAAUGCCCUCCCCUGUUUGUUCAUACUGUAGCUCCCACGUUGGGAAUAGACCGAUGUCUAUUAUAUUUGGGAGUGUGCAACUCUGGAUUUCAAAUUUUUUUUUUUUUACACUGUAUUUGUGAACAUUUCAGAGCUGUUUUUGAUUUUUGAGGUCAGAGAGUAUUUCUGGUGAUAACAUUCUGUCAUCCGUUCGUUCAUAUAGCACUGUUCGCUCUGGCAGGAUGCAGAGCAAAGCUGUCCCUUCCCCACCCCCCCUCUUCCUCCCUUCCUCCCAGACACACAGAUGGUGAUUUGUGUUGCUGAUAGAAAUAAAAAGUUAGUCUGAAAGGUCUGAACUAAGUGAUGAGUGUGUGGCCAAAGGGAGGUCUGCAGCACCGACUGUUCAGAUUAAAUUCAAAACGUCGUCGUCGGCUUUCUAUUUUGGUCUUUUUAAAAAAAAAAAAAGGAGACCUUAUUGUGUGCAUUGGAGGUGCAAUUGCCUUACGAAGACCUCAUUGUCAUGAAUUAUGAGCCAUUCGUGAUUUUUAAUAUCAAAGCACUUAUGUACUGCCCGGACCCCUCGCUGGAGGCGUCCAUAUUCCAGCCCGGCAGCUUCAAAUCCCUCCAGGUGUUUUGAGGGUAGGGGGGCCUCAAGUGCCACAUAUCACCCCUCAGCUCAGACCUCCUGUUCAGCCAAGCCAGCAUGCUGCUAGCUGACCCCCUGUGGACGCAGGUAGACUUAAUGUGACACAUAUCAUCAUCCAUCGCCGCGGGGAGGUGAGGGGUAACGGGGAAGGCGGGGGAUGGGGAGCUGGUGUGAAAGAGGGACGGGGAGGGGGGGGCCAGGGCCGGACUCUUUUUGUCCAGGGCAGCUAAAAUCCCUCCAGCCCCCCCCCCACCACCAACCUCUGGACUUAUUCCACAUCCCCCCCCCGUAACCGAGCCCUCGACGCUCCCUCAGCAGCGAUGGAUAAACAAACCAGCACACGCGCUUGACGUGCUCAAGCUGCACUUCGGUGGGUGGGGGUGGUGGUGGGGGGGGGAGGCUAGUGAGAGACGAGGAAACGUGGAUCAAAGAUGAAGAAUGAGGGUACUAGGCCAUUGUUUUCUGUUUUUUUUUCAUCUCACUGGAUUGCGCCGCGCUCGGUUGCCGAGUUUGAGUAGCAACUUUGUUUACAUGAAAGGGUGUGAUGGCUGUCUUGACGUACCCCCCCGCCCCCGCGCCGCCUCACUUCACUCCCGGUUUUUGGGGGGUGAGCGGUUAACGGCGAGCUGGAACAGAUGCCGGGGCGGCUUCGGGUGUUAGCCGCUGGCCAAAUCUGUCACGGCAGGCUGCUUCGCCGCUCAUCACCAGACCUAUGGGUGUUUAAGCUCCCCCUAAGCCUGAGAGGAUCAUGGGUAAUAGAGCUAUAGCCUUUGACGCACUGCAACCCCCUAACCCUCCCUCUCCUCUCCUCUCCUCUCCUUGCCCCUGCUCUCUGUUGAUACUCCCUUCAACAAUCUGUGAAAAGCAGUGAUUCCAUGUUGGCCAGAUGGAGAGGAGCUCGCUGGGAGCUUUUUGGUUUCCUUGGCGGACAGCAGUUUUAAAAUCACGCUGCUCCAUUAUAGCUUUUUUUUUUAAUGUCACAUGAUGUUAUGAGAUUGGUCUAUAUUUCGGACGCGAGAUGAUCGUCUCGUCUCACUUUUCUCUAGAUGUAUUUUGCGGUCACACUGGUAGAUUUUCUCAUCUGUCCACUCUGCCAUCCCCAUUUCAUCCUCUUUUUAAGAGGAUUUUUUUAAGUCUGGUGAUCUAACCCCUCUUUUUAACAGACCUUUUUAGCGCUACAGAAAUUCAAAACCCCCCGUUCGACACCUUCUCAACUGUACUACCACCACCCGAAAUGGUUUAAGUCCUCAGUAAUAUAAUUUAAAUGGCAUCCAUUCAGCUCGUGCGCACAUAGGUUACAGAAUCGUCGUGAGAGUGCUUCUGAGUAGUCAAGAGGUAAAAAAAUAGCACAUAAAAUGCACUAAAUAUGUCAAAGUUGAAGUUGUGUGACGUUCUUUUUUUUUUUUUUUGAGACGCGAGGAGUCUCUCCUGGAAUGUAUUGCCAAACUCAGGCCUCGGACAUUCAAUAAUAAAUCCCCUUGUGGAGAAGUUGUGCAUGUUAAGACAUGAAACAGGAAGGGAACAGCAGUUUCGUUGUUGUUGUCGUCGUCAAAAAGUUGUCAUCGAUUUAGUUGAAUUAUUGCCACUUUCACAUUUGAGGUGUUUUGCAUAUUGUAGAAUGUAUUGUAACUGUACAACAUAUGGUAGAGUACAUAACAUUACACAUGGGAAGUGCCAAUAAUUGCUAUCCUGAGGUGUUUUUUUAGAUUUAUUCCUUUUUUGUAUUUCAUCUUUUAACAUGGAUAACGCUUUUCGUAAGUGAAGCCAUUUUGUGAUGGGAGUGUUGGCAAGGACCAAAGUUGUUUUGGUAAAAAAAAAAACUUAGUUUCCAUGAUCUGUAAGUGUAGACGUAUCCUUUGUUGUUUUUUUUGUUUGCUUUUCUUUUUCUUUUUCAGUUUUUUCCCUUUUUUUUUUCUAUUUACUUACAAAACCAGAAAAUAGACAAAAAAAAUCCGAGCUUACCCAAGAAGAAAAGCUGUCUAUCUUGUGAUCUCAUGUCAGUACAUCUUUAUCGUGUUCAGUUUCUUUUUCCUUGGGUAUGUUGUGAUGAACUGCUGUAAAUUUGUACAGUUCAUGUAAAUUGAUUGUGCGGAAGUUGUACAGAUUUCUAUAUUUUGGAAGAAAAGUUUUUUUUCUCUGUAAUAAAAGAUUUCCUAUCUUGGCAUCAUA